AUGCCACUUAUCCACUCAGAGACGGCGAUGCCACCAUACUUUGAGCCGUCGAUCGAGUGGUCGAGAGGCAUCGAUCCUCGUCAUGAAUCUAUGUUGAAAGGGGUACAAGAGGAGCUCGAAGACCUCAAACUCGAAAUCACGUCGCAAUCAAAACGAAACUUUGUGCUGGAAAAAGAUGUUCGGUACCUUGACAGCCGCAUCGCUCUCUUAAUUGCCAAUCGUAUGACUCCACGCGACAUCGAGUCGCCGGACGAGGAGCACCUAGGCAUUCGCCGCGUCAUUCUCGAACAAAAACAGCUCCAGCUGUACUCCAACUUGUUUUAUCUGCUAAUGACGGAACCGCGGCAUAUUGCCACUCUGUGCUCAUUGGUAUCUGCAGAGGAGCUCGAUAUGUUUCUCCAGACCGUCAUGUUCACGAUGUAUGCCAACCAGUACGAGGACUUUGAGGAACAUCUUCUCCUGACCGUAUUCCAGUCCGUAUUGUCCACCCAGUGUAAAGCCGCGACAGAAUUUAGCUCACUAUUGCGAGCGAACACACCCAUAUCGCGCAUGAUGUCCAUGUAUACUCGCCGCGGGCCCGGCCAAACGUACCUGAAACGUGUCCUGACCAAGCACAUGGACACGGUCACGUCCAUGUCCGCAGAAAACUUGGAAAUCGAUCCCUUCCUAGUUCAUGACGAGCUUGUGCGCGCAAAGGAGGCUUCCGCUGAUGACGACCCUCAACAGCACCGCCAGGUGCAGAACUGCAUCCAGACACGCAUGCAUAAACUACUCAAGCUGGCUGAAGUCAUCAUGGACGAUAUAUUACGCUCGAUCCACCUGAUCCCUUACGGCAUUCGGUGGAUUUGCAAGCAGAUCCGCAACUUGACUCGACGAAAAGAUCCCAACGUAUCAGAAGAUGCCCUCUCUUCCCUGAUCGGAUCCUUUUUCUUCUUGCGGUACGUGAAUGUAGCGAUCGUUUCGCCGCAGAUGUACCUGCUCAGCAACGAAUCAUUGUCUAAGAACAAUCGGCGUACUCUGGUCUUGCUAGCCAAGGUCUUUCAGCACCUCGUGAACAACCCUGCACAUGAAAAGGGCUCAUUUGUACAUGAUCUCAAGCCAUUUAUGGCUGUCUAUCGCCCGCGACUCGUGGCAUUUCUGCAGUCGCUUUGCCAUGUCGGAGACUUUUACGACACGCUCGAACUGUACCGCUAUGUCGAUUUGUCCAAGCAGGACAAGACGCUCCACGUUUCGGUCAAUGAAUUGUAUUUUAUGCAUACGCUCGUGAAAAAACACGCCCACAUUCUGGCGCCCGAUCGCCAUGUCCACUUAGGUCAAGUGAUUCUCGAGCUGGGCGAAGCGCCAGCACAGGUCGAGCGCCCAGACAAUUACACGAUGGAACUGACUCUGUUUAGUCGAUGGGAAAAGCCUAUCCAGGACCUCACGUCCACGCUCAUGAUGGAGAACAACAUGACGCCGAGCGAUAUAUUGUACAUUGAAACCAAGUCGCUCUUCGUCCAAAUUUUGCAGCUUUUGCCAAACACAGGUCCCGUGUCAAGUCUCUCUAAUGUGGCUGCUGAGGCCACCAAGUCGGGGAUCAAACGCCUGGAACAUCUCGGGCGUCGGGCAUCCUACAUGUUGCGCGAAUUGGAAGAGCUGCGCGUCGUGGACGAGUCAGCUUUGAAGACACUCAUGCUGGACGAGGUCAUCGCCGAGCUUGUUUCACUCGGUAAUGUACAUAUGCAAGACAAGCUCAAGGAGGACAAGGAAAGCCUUCUAUCUGUCCUGGAGGCACUCAAGCAGCACCAUACGUACCUGCAAGGCCAGUUUGAUACGUAUCAGGCAUACCUGCAAAAUGUGCGGCUCUCAUCGAGCGUAGUCCAAUCAAGCGAUAUGAAUGGCGUCAUUGGUGUGUUGUCCUCGCCAGAUCGAGAGCUAAAAGGCGACAAACCGCCGCACACGCUGCAUCGGUUUACCUACGAUCAGUGGGAGCGGGACAAGAUCAUCCGCGCCUCGAUGAUUCCAUCGAACCGACUCUCUGACAUCACAUUCCAUGUGCACUCACCAAGCCCUGGCUCGUUUAUGAUCUCACUCUUUUGCCAGGGGCGCCCAGAAGCGUUUUUGGAAAUUGACCUGAAGCUCGAUGACUUGCUCGAAAAACUGCAAGAUCACCAAGCGACAGUGAAGGUCGAGUACCUCGAGCUUGACACUCUGCGCCUAUACCUCCUGCUCGACCGCUUGUACGGUCUUUCCCAACGACACUAA